AUGGAAGCUUUACUCUGCAGAAAACUGGGCGACCCAACUAUACCAGUAGACGACUCAGUAAACUCUCCAUUAACUCUCCCAAAGGCUCACCCAAUUCCACAACUCAACUCACCGACUGCAGUGAGAGUCCGAGUCAAAGCCACGAGCUUGAAUUUCGCCAAUUACCUUCAAAUCCUGGGCAAGUACCAAGAAAAAUCACCCUUACCCUUCAUACCCGGAUCUGAUUACUCGGGCAUCGUCGAGUCGGUGGGAUCCAAUGUCACCAAGUUCAAAAUCGGUGACGCCGUUUGCUCAUUUGCCGGCCUCGGAUCAUUCGCCCAAUUCAUUGUUGCCGAUGAAACUGAAUUAAUUCAAGUACCGGACAGAUGUGAUAUGGUUGCUGUUGGUGCACUUCCAGUUGCAUAUGGAACAUCUCAUGUGGCCCUCCUUCAUAGAGCACAAUUGAGAGCCGGUCAGGUAUUGCUGGUUCUUGGAGCUGCUGGUGGUGUUGGAGUUUCUGCUGUACAAAUCGGAAAGAUCAGUGGUGCCAUUGUUAUUGCUGUUGCUAGGGGAGAGGAAAAGGUGAAAUAUUUGAAGUCCAUGGGCGUUGAUCACGUUGUCGACUCAAGUGCAGAAAAUAUCAUUGACAGUAUCAAGGGGUUUCUGAAGGCAAGAAAGCUUAAAGGAGUUGAUGUUUUAUAUGAUCCUGUUGGAGGCAAGCUUACAAAAGAAAGCAUGAAGUUGUUAAAAUGGGGAGCACAUAUUUUAAUUAUAGGUUUUGCUAGUGGGGAAAUACCAGUUGUCCCAGCAAAUAUUGCCCUUGUGAAGAACUGGACAAUUCAUGGUCUCUACUGGGGAAGCUAUAAAUUACAUCAACCAGCUGUACUUGAAGAUUCAUUGAAGGAGCUCCUAUCCUGGUUGGCGAGGGGUUUAAUUACCAUAAACAUUUCUCAUACUUUCAGCCUCUCAGAGGCAAAUCUUGCUUUUGCCGCGUUGAAGGAUAGAAAAGCAAUCGGGAAGGUGGUGAUUGCUUUCGAUGAUCACAAAGCUGAAAGAUCAAAGCUUUAA